AUGCUCUCGUCCCUGUGGCGCGCCGAAAGCCGUGGGACGUGGAGGACGCGACUUCCGACCAAUCGAGCCAUUGAGCUGCAUGAAACGGUGCACCCAGCAAGGUGGUGCAUCACCUUCGCUGAUUUGAAACACUUCAGGUCUGAGGUGCAUCGAGUUCUUCAAGAGGGCAAGACCUUUGAGGAGAACUUCGAGGCUUCGUAUGGGCCAAGCAUUUAUGCAGUGAACGAACAUUACAUCAAGCCGGUGACUGCUGCUGCUGGCAAAAUGAGCUGGGCGUUGAUGAUGAAUCCUGAAGGACUUGACUGCGAUCUGUUUAUUACUCAUGCCUGGCAGGAAGAUGUCUUCGAGUUCACUGAAAAAGUCUUGGCAUCCUGGCCGUGGCGUGCGCGACAUGCUUGGUGCUGUAUGCUGGCAAAUCCCCAGAACUUAGAUAUCGCUGCCUUGCUUCAGUCUCCAUCAUCAUCUCCAUUUGCACUUGCCCUGCAGAGUUCCAAAUACAUGCUGGUGGUGCCCAACCGGCACAAAAGUGUCUACACCAGGUUGUGGUGUGGAUAUGAGGCCUACUUGGCCUUUCAAAGCAACAAGAUCAUUCGGACAGCUGCACCGCCCAUUUGGCGGAGAGUUUGCUUUUCAUGGCUUCGGAUGCUUCCUGCCCUGCUGAUCGGUGGCAUCAUUGGCCUGUUUGCCAAAAUGGACCAUUUUCAGAGCGCGCUGCAGUUGAUACUGCUCAUGAAAAUGCUAGCACUCUUGGCUAGCCUGGUGAGUCAAAAUUGUGGUCAGAUCAGGCUUUGCUUGAUUGCAAACCAUCUUGGCCUAGCAAGUGCCAUUGCAACUGUGGCCAUCACCGGUUUCUUUGGCUCCACGGUAGCCAUCGAAGCUUCCCACCAGAAGAAGAUUUUUGUGUUCGAGAGUUUUAUGACCAGUUUGAUGGUUCUUUACUUCUUGCUUGCUGAAGUUGACAGGGUGAAUUGGCAAAUAGCAAAGGAGGAAGCAGACCAGCUACAAAAUCAAUAUCAGGGAUCUAUUUGUCAGGCUUCUUGCUCCGAAAUCCAGGAUGAGGUGAACAUUCGCAAUGAGAUCGGGGACCAGGUCGAGGAAGUAGACAAAGUCGUCCAAGUUCUCUUGAAAGCAGGCAUGACUUCAGAUGCCCUGCGCCAUGCAUACCUGCAAGGAAUUGAUCUCAAGCAUGCAGGGGAGGUUCAGUUAGCAAUACCCGUGCUUGUGCUUGGACCUUUGCUGCUGAUAGCUUGUUUACAUGUCGGCCGGUACAUAUUCCUGAGGUCUGAGGAACUUGUUGAUGCUGACCAGCAAGUGCCGCACAUGUUGUGGUGGAUAUGCUCCUUGCAGGGUGUGUCAAUAUUUGCCAGGCUUAGCUUCGUGACGCUGUUUUUCAGACGCUACAUUGAUGAACGCUGUUUCAUGCUCAAUGUCAUGGCCAAGACAGUUGCCCCGAGCUUUUUCUGCUUUGUGGAACUGGGAUUUUUACGCGAUUACACCGUUUUUUGCUUAUUGCAUAGUUUGUACCACUGCACUUUUCUGGUGGUUUGGCUUUUUGCUGCCUUGGGCAUUCGCGGGACUUUGAAGCUGCCCUGUGGCAAGUUGCUGGCCAAUCUCUUCUUGCGAAGAGUGUUGGGCUGCAGUGUAUGUCUUGCUUCUCGUGGAACCACGCGGCACUCGUGGUGCGAGGAGGAGGAGCUGGAGGAAGAUGAUUCAGAGACAAUGAGCGAGAGCAGCUGA